CUGGAGAGCACGACUGGAUCAUUUCGAGGCGAUCGCGAAAGGGGGCUCGAACCGAACCUACCGGACCGCCUCGGAGCAGCGAUCGCGACUCUAGCCGCAAACGCGUCAAUUGGACUCGGCCUCGGACUCGAACUUGGCGCCCAUUCAUGCUCAGACGCAACCGUGCACGUCCUGAGCUUGAGUCCCGUUCGGAGUGAUGAUGAGAGACGUUUUGCAAGGCCCAAAGACAUCGCAUGGUCAACUUUAUUUGAGAAUGAGAAAACAGCUCCAGAAUCAGUGACAUGUGACAAAACUCGCUUCCGUGGACUGCCUUGGAAGACUGACGUUGCGGUGGGUUUGGUUCGAUUUGAAGCGGCGAAGGGGCGAUGUGCUUGGAGCGAUGAUUGCAUGUUUGUGCGAAUACACCCUCGUGCUGAGCUCCAGUCGUCAUGUGAUGAAGAUCGUCUGCUUGUGAAAGCAUCACUUUUUUCUAUUCAACAAGGCAUCGCAUACUUUUGUUGGGAAUCCUAUACUUUUGCCACAUGCUUGAGGGAAAUUGAAGUGGCCGUAGAGGGCGCCUAGUCUCCUGCGGGACUCGGUCCCACCUGGCAACCAUUCCGCCAGAUUGUCUUUGGUUCAGACGGCUGA